AUGGUCGGUCCAGUGCAUUCGAGAGUCGCCGCGUUGACAUUCAUUCUGUUUUUUGAUGUUUUCACGCAUGUUCAGGCUGAAUACACUAACUUGGCAGAUGUUCCGUGCGGCAGAAGUGAGAUACGAGAAGCGAGAAUUGUCGGAGGUCAGAACGCAAUGCCACGUGAAUUUCCAUGGCUUGUAAGCAUAACAAGGAAAGGUGGACACUUUUGCGGCGGUGCUAUCCUGAAUAACAGGUGGACGUUAACAGCAGGACAUUGUUUAUGCUCCGGCACGAACACGAUUCCGGUAGGACAAUUACGUGUCACAUUAGGCGAGCACAAUUUAAAGGCUCAAGAAGUGCCGGCCGCAAGACACGAGAGCGUCAUAAACGCGGUGUUGCAUCCCGGUCACAGGUGCGGCAAAUAUGUAGACGAUAUUGCCCUGCUGGAACUUGCCAGAGCAAUCAGUUGGUCGGAAAGCGUGAAACCCGCAUGUUUACCUGUGGCCACAGGAAAACCAGGGUAUAGCGCCUUCGGCGACGUGCAAGGCGUAGUCGCUGGAUGGGGUUGGCUUGGGGAGGAUAGAAGCAGAUACAAAAGAGCAGACGUGUUGCAGAAAGUGGAAGUUCGCGUGGUAGCAAAUACAGUAUGUAGGGAAUGGUACGCGAGCCAGGGCAAGUCGAUCCUCGUAGAAUCAACACAAAUGUGUGCCGGUUGGGAACAAGGAAUGAGGGAUUCAUGCUGGGCUGACAGCGGCGGACCCUUGAUGGUCGGAAGUCGCCCUGCCGAGCCCUUGAUGGUCGUCGGAGUGGUUUCAACCGGCGUAGGCUGUAGCAGACCACGACUUCCUGGCAUUUACACUAGGAUAUCGGAUUAUAUUUCGUGGAUCACGCAAGAGACGCAGUGA